CUUUCACUCCUCAGACAACAAUGGUUUUUCAGGCUUUUUUGGCAAAACAACCUCUAAAACCACUAGUUCUCCUCAACUUCGUGGACAAGGUCGUCCCCACAAUAAUUCCUUCUCCUCUAAAGAUUUGUGGCAAACGGGACCAUGAUACUCUCAAGUGUUGGCACAGGUUCAACCACAACUACCAACCAGAUGAUGUUCCUAAAGGUCUUACUGCUUUCACAGUUGAAACCGAUGCCACAGACACUGAAUGGACUACUGGUACAGGAGCUUCAGCCCACAUGACCUCCAUUCCAGGGGCAUAUUGACAAUACAAGUUCAAAAGAACCAAAUGAGGGCAAUUAAGGCAUUAAAAAAAUCAUCAACGAUCGAGAAGAAAAAGGAUCUCCCCUACAAAGUCAAGCUGCUGCAAAUCCUCCAAUAAAUACUCAGCAAAUCUUCCCAACAUAGCAAC